AUUUUCACCGUAUAAAUACUAUUCUAUAUCUCUCGAUUUACGUUUCCUGAGCCACUUUCAAUCAUUUCUUUCAGGAGCUCAAUCUUUUCGCAGCCGAUCUUUAUCUCUAACUUCUGAGUCUUAAAAGCUAGAGAUUCUUGUAGAUGGCAGAUAAUGGGGAGCAGGAGGAAACUGCUCCUAGAGGAAAUGAGUGGGAAGUUGUAUCACUUACUGCAUCAGCAUAUGCUGCUGCUCCUCAUCCCAAACAGGUUGUCUCGAGCAAUGAUAACGUCAAUAACUUAGGUGGAGAGAAUGAGGCAGAAUUGUCUCGUGCUAUGUUUAUGUCCAGUCAUUUCGUUUUUCCUCCAAGUCAGCAUGAGAACUUGCCAUUGGAAUCCGAGUAUAAUGAGAUACUGCAAGAAAGGGGAGGUGAAGAUGAUGGUCCCAAUACAGUUGCAAUGGAAGGGAGUAAAUCAGAUGCAGAGGACAUAGAAAAUACGAGUAUCAGAGGACUGAUGGCUGAUGAAUUUCCUGGAAAUCAUGUUUUUGAUGACAAGGGUAACAGGUUACCGGUCAGUGGUUCAGACUUGGAAAACUAUAUGGACUCUGACGAAUUGCAGAGCAUUUACAACACCACAGAAUUUAGUUCGCUCUACAGUGAAGCAACCCCUGUCAGGUCUACCACUGUUGAGGACUUGGGGGCUGAUGAUGUGAUACAACCUUCCGAUCAUAGCUCAGAUUCAGGCUUGUCAAAUUUUCAGAAGCCUUUAGAUAAAAACAAGGCUGACCUUCCUUGUGAAGCUUGGUGGAAAAGGCGGGCUGUUUCUUUAUAUGCCCAUGCAAAAGAAACAAACACAGUUUGGUCUAUUUUCAUUGCUGCAGCUGUUAUGGGGCUUGUAAUUCUUGGUAACAGGUGGCAAGUUCUGUGCCUCAAGUGGCAAUUUAGUAUCAAUGAUGAGAGGAUGGUUAGGUUGCUGGGCCCCUUAUCUCGAUUUAAAGAUUUGAUUGUUGGUGGCCAGCGACAAGGGUCGCUUAUCCGCAGGGGCCCCUAGCAGAACGUUAAGAUGACGACGAAAAGCUUAAGAGGACGACAGAGUUCGUUGUAUGUGAUAUUCUAAGUUUUAUUGGGAAAUUCGACUAUCAAUUCUCUUUUGACUAAGCUUGUUUACAUUUGCUUUUUGUAUGCUCUAUCAUAGGGUUGGUAUGUAUGUAAACUUAUGGAUAUAAUGUGACAAACAAACUGAACGAAGCAAUUUUAUUUCCCUUUACGAUUCAUUAUCUUAUCUGAGCUGUGAAUUCCUGUU